GUUUCACAUCGGACACCAAAAGGCUUUUGUUACUUUGUGCCAAAUGGAGGGUCCUUAGCCUCUCUCUCUCUUGCCUUCUCUCUCUCUACCCUUCAGCUUCUCUCCUGCAACUGCCGAGAAUCAAAGACUUCAAUCGCUACUACUUCUUCUGUUUAACCUACUGAUCUGCAGAUUUAUUCAGGUAUUAAGAUCGAGAGCUUUUUCUUUCUGGAAUUUUGAUGUCUCCACCACUUGGUGUUGGGGAGGGUGAGGAAAGUUGCAGCAAUGUCACCCUGUUGGCUUCUUCAAACUCUAUGGAGAGUGUCAGUCAAAGCAAUUUGAGUUUUGAAGAGCGUAACUACAUGGGAUUAUCUGAUUCUUCUUCAGAGGACAGCUGUAUGACUGCCACCAAAUCUGAUGGGAACAAACCCUUGCUGAAUCUUAAGGCUACAGAAUUGAGGCUAGGCCUCCCUGGAUCUGAAUCCCCCGAGAGAGAUCCAGAUAUCAGCUUGCGUAGCUCUUCUCAUCUUGAUGAAAAACGACUAUUUCCUUUGCACCCAUCAAGUGAUGGUCACUACUCUUCACCACAUAAGGCUGUUGUCUCAGGCAACAAAAGAGGUUUUUCAGAUGCUAUGAACGAGUUCACAGAGGGAAAAUAUCAAGCUAACCUAGGUUUGAAAGCUGGUUCUUUGCUAGAAAACCUUGGAAAUCAAAUGGGGAAAGUGAAAGAGGCAACUACACAAAAAAUUGUACAAGAGCGGCCUCAAGAAACUAGUGAAACCAGGCCAUCUCAUAAUGAGACUGCAAAUAACAAUACCAGCGCACCUGUUACCAAGGCACAGGUUGUGGGUUGGCCACCCAUAAGAUCUUUCAGGAAGAACUCAUUGGCUACAACUUCAAAGAAUAAUGAUGAAGUUGAUGGAAAGGCAAUGUCUGGUGCACUCUUUGUCAAAGUCAGCAUGGAUGGUGCUCCUUACCUGAGGAAGGUAGAUCUGAGGAACUACUCUGCAUACCAGGAGCUGUCUUCUGCCCUUGAGAAGAUGUUCAGCUGUUUUACUAUAGGUCAAUAUGGAGCUCAUGGAGCUCUGGGCAUGGAGAAAAUGAGUGAGAGUAAGCUGAAAGAUCUUCUUCAUGGCUCAGAAUAUGUUCUAACAUAUGAGGAUAAAGAUGGUGACUGGAUGCUCGUUGGUGAUGUCCCCUGGCAGAUGUUCAUCGACUCUUGUAAGAGGCUGAGGAUUAUGAAGAGCUCGGAUGCAAUUGGGCUGGCUCCUAGGGCGGUGGAGAAGUGCCGGAACAGGAACUAGCUAAGCACUAUGCCACGGUUGAUACUAUCCAUCCAAAAGUCGGAACAAGACAGAUCUAAACGUAUGUCAAAUGUGGCUUUGGAAGGUUGUUCGAAGAAAGCGGUGUUUUGGAUGGGAUAGGUUCUCUUGUGUGCAUUUCCCUCUGUUACAUUAUGGCUUUUCUUUUUUUUUUUCCCUUUAAUUAUGUUUUUCUUUGAUGAUGUCUAAGCGGUUGUUUGAGUUUGUGAAUUGAACUACUUAAAAACUAUUAAGUGCAAGUCUGCAGACCUGUGGAUAAGUUCCUGUCCCUUCUUUGCAGGACUCUUGAAAGUUUGUAAAGUUAUUGGUUAUCGAACUACUGUGUUGCUUUAAUGCUCUGUAAUAUUGAAAACUUUCUGUCUAACUUGCA